AUGAAUAAUAAAGAUAUUUCAAUAACAAUUUAGACUAAUUCGUUUUAAGGACUGAUGAAUAGAGAUUAAUGUAUGCAAUUAGCUCAAAAAAUCAUGAAGCUCUAUGAUUCUGAUUAAAAUAGUCUGAUGGAAGUAAAAGAUGCCGGAAACUUGCAAUCUGAUUGCUAUAAAGCAAUAAACCUUGAUUUUAAUCCUUCUUAAAAUGAUAUCAAAGGAUAUGCUAAAAUUUUUGAUAGUAUAGAUACUAUUUAACACAAUAGGAGAUGGAAGAGGCAAAAUAUCUGUAAAUGAUAUCGAACGCUUAUGCUUUAAAUAUUUUGGAGGAGGUAUUUCUAAUACUGACCUGACAAAUUAGAAAGUAUAGAAAGUAGAAACAAUUGAAUUAAGCCCAAUAUAAGCUGAAGAAAAAGUUGAUACUCCUUCUAAAUUAUAAUAUUAAUCACCAUACAGGAGAUGGGGAUCUUAAAAAUCAACCUAAAGUUCUUAAACUUCUAUUUAAUCUAAUAAAUAACAAACUUCAUAAUCUUGUGUUGUACCUUGUACAACUUAAAAAGAAACUUAAAAGUACAGUAAAUUAGCGGAAGCUCGAUUACAAGUUGCUAGAAGAAUUUUUAAAAUGUUAGAUUAAGAAAAUAAUGGAUUCAUAACAGAAAAACAUGUGUCUCCUUUAUUGAUAGAAACAUAUAAAAAUAUGGGAAUGUCGAUUGAACCAACAAGAGAAGAUAUAGAAAUGUGGAUGGAAAUGGCUGAUGAAGAUAGAGAUGGAAAAGUCUACUUGAUUGAUUAUGAAGCUUUAGUCUUAAAAAGUCUAAGAUCAUAAGGUAUCGAAAUAGAUUGA